AUGGCCGAUUUCCUAAAACAAAAAUCUCAGACUCUUGACUCUCAGAUUUCAAGGACAACCAAAAGGGCGCGUUUCAGUGCUUGUCCAUCGACUAUAGAAUCACUCCCGAAUGAUUUAUUGAUCGAAAUUCUGGCAAAAGUUGCAGCUUAUUCAAUCAAGGACUUAGUCCAUGCCAAAUUAGCUACCAAGGAAUUUCUCAAAGCAUCAAACCACGACUACAUAUUCCAACAUGCAUCCACUGGAAACUUCCGUACUCUUCGAUGGAAAAUCGACCCAGAAUUUUGGUCAUUCAUGGGAAAAUGCGUCAACAACGGAAACCCAGAGGCUCUAUACCGAUCGGGAAUGUUGGAGUUCUUCUCCCAGUGUAGAGAAGCUAAUGGAAUGAAAUAUUUAAAGCUUUCUGCCCAAAAAGACUAUCUGGAAGCUUGUUAUGUAUACGGCAUCAUUUUGUACACAAAGAAUCUGGAGGACGAGGGAGUGAAGUUCUUGAAGAUUUGUGAGGAAAAAUUAGGGUUUAAAAUGGCUCAUUGUCGUCACAAAGUUGAGGAAUUUGUUUAUCAUCUUUGGAUCAGGAAUAAGAUUUUUUUGCCGAAAAAGGAUUCCAGUGAUCAGAUGGGCUCUAAGAGUAUGGUUAAGAAUUGUUGUAAGAAGAACAAGAACGCUUUCACCCAUUGCCCAAGAUUUCUCAUUGCUACCCCGGUGGGAAUUCAAGUCGUGUCUCAGUCUCAGUGUGUCUGA